CAUGCGAACGCCUGCGCUUGACACUUUGACAUUGCCCGCUGCACAAGCCGCCACCACCCACAAUGGCAUCUCCCAACGGCCUGCCUGGCGAGGUCACCGUCUGUCUGCAGAACGCCCGUUUCCUCCAUCUCGCGACCUCAGCCAGCAAUGUCCCGCACAUCUCUCUCAUGAACUACACCUACCUCCCCUCGACGCCCUACUCGCCCCACCCCACCAUAAUCAUGACCACGCCGCCCUCGUCCCAGAAAACCCACAACCUAGAGUCCAAUCCGCUCGUCUCAUUACUCGUACACGACUGGGUAUCCCACCGCCCACCCACCCUCGACGCGCGCAACCGCUCCCCCUCCCCCUCGCGCCCCAAUCCGCGCUCCGGCUCCCUCGCCGAGCUCCUCCUCGGCAUGAACACCGCCUCCCUCAGCAGAAUCAGCACCACCAUCAACGGCCUCGCCACCAUAGUACCCAGCGGCUCCGAGGAGGAGGCCUGGUACAAAGCCCAGCAUCUCGCCAACAACACCUUCGGCCCCAGCGAGGAUUCCUACUCGAGCUCGCCUGUCGGCGGGCUGUGGGGUGGAGGCGGGUUGGAGAGCCAGCGGCAGGAUGAGGAGAUGGUGGAGGGGGAUGGCGGGACGAGAUGCUAUGUUGAGGGGGAGGAGGUUAGGGUCGUGGUGGUGAGGAUAAGGGAUGGGAGGGUAGCGGACUGGAAGGGGCAGGUUAGGGAUUGGGUUGUUGGGGAUGUCGGCGGAUCGGGGCUGGCGAAUGGCGUUUGAGCCACGGAAGCUGUACGAUGCCUACAAUGCAUGUUUGAGCGCUGUACCAAGAUGAUGCGAAAUAUAUGAAGCUGUAUUCUGAAGAC